GGUUAAUAGCUGUCACGUGAUACCCUGCAGAAGCGUGUUGAAAAAUGUCACAACAGAGUCGCUCAAGGUCCAGAAGUCGUUCACCUAUAGUGAAGCAUGACAGGUCAAGAGAGAGGUCACGUAGCCGAUCCCCACGUCGACCUAGAAACCUUCAGACAAGAAGAUGUGUUCUCAGCAACAUUCCUUAUGACCUGAAAUGGCAGGAGAUCAAAGACAUGUUUAGGACUGAGGUUGGGGAUGUUGUGUAUGUGGAGCUGUUCAAUGCACCUGACGGGAAACCACGAGGCACUGGUGUGAUCGAAUUUAAAGAUGUUGAAACAGCAGCUAAAGCUAUUGAGAAGAUGCACAGAUACGAAGUACGGGACAGAAAACUGGUGGUCAGAGAGGAGCGUGAAAGAGACCGUCGUAUGAACGAGGUGAUGGCAAGAGAGAGUCGAGGCUCAAGAGAUGGACCUGGGGUGAUGGGUCCAGGUCCUGGCCCCCAAGGUAGGGGUGGAGGUGGCAUGGGAUCUGGAAUGGGUGCGAUGGGUGGAGGAAUGGGCUCUAUGGGUGGAGGUGGUGGUGGAGGCAGCAUGGGUGGAGGUAGUGCUGUAAUGGGCGGAGGUAGUGCAGGAAUGGGUGGCAACAUGAACCAAGGUGUCAAUCCUCAGAUUCUGAAACAGUUAGGGAUCGAGGGACCUCUGUCUAACUCUGUGUUUGUUUCAAAUCUAGACUACAAGGUAGGCUGGAAGAAGCUCAAGGAUGUAUUCAAGCUGGCGGGGAAUGUUCGUCAGGCCAAGAUUAUGGAGGACAAGGAUGGGAAGAGUCGUGGAAUGGGCACCAUCACCUUUGACACACCCAUGGAGGCAGUCCAGGCCAUCUCAAUGUUCAAUAAUCAGAACCUGUUUGAGCGUACAAUGCGGGUGAAGAUGGACGGUCAGCAAACAAAUGCCUCGCGACCUGAUCCCCUCCCUGCAGGACUGAAAAGUGUGGGACCCUCUCUUAACAACUUGCAGCAAAUGGGCCCAGGGAUGCCCGAUGUGGUUGGUGGUAUGGGCAUGGGAAUGGGGGGUUCAGGUAUGAGUAUGGGAGGAAUGGGGGCGGGCAUGGCUAACAUGGAACGUAUGGGCUCCAGCAUGAGUGGAAUGGGCUCUAUGGGAAGUAUGGGGUCAGGAAUGGGCUCAGGUCUGUCUGGAAUGGGUAGUGGUAUGGGCUCAGGUAUGACCGGGGGAAUGUCAGGUAUGGGCUCCAUGGGAUCUGGGAUGAGUGGUAUGGGAAUGGGUGACUCAUUCAGUGGCAUGAGUGGGAUGGGAGGGAUGGGGUCUGGCUCAGGUAUGGGCUCUGGAAUGGGGUCAGGAGGUAUGUCAGACAAUUUUGGCAUGUCUUCCAUGGGUGGUGGUAACAUGGGAGCAUCCUCCGGACUCAGUGGUAUGAUGGACAACUCUAGGUCCUCUGGUGGGAUGGGCAAUUUUGGAGGCUCUAGUGGGCUUUCCUCAAGGAUGGACUUUGGGAGGGACAGGUCAAGAUCAAACCAGAAUGUUAUGCAAGGAUUGGGGCAGCAGGACUAUACUCCACGAUCUGACAGAACCACAGUCAUUGUAAAAAAUUUGCCAUAUUCACUGGACUGGCAAACAUUGAAACAGAAGUUUUCCGGCAUAGGAGACAUCAGGUUUGCAGAAAUCAGCAAAAAUGAACAGAACCGCAGCAAUGGCUGGGGCCUGGUUAGCUUCAGGAGGGAGGAAGAUGCACAGAUGGCUGUCAAGCGGAUGAACAGAGCGAACAUUGAUGGGCGAGACAUUGUGGUGAAGUUCCUCAACUGAACAACUGGUACACAUCCCCUCCCUUGUACAUACACUCAUGGAUUUUAUUCUGGUGGUCCACACUCUAAUUCAUCAUUGUGACUUCUGUGUCUUGUAAAAGGUGUUUCCUGGGAUUCCUUGUAGAGAUGGUCAACCAUUUCAGACAAUUUCGUGAAAAAAAUUGGCAUACUGUUGUGUGUAUUAUUGAUACAUUUUAUAGAUUCUAAAGGAGCUUUCUUUUAGCAUUGUAGCAUUACCUUUUGGCCAACAAACAGGUUAAUUAAAUUGCCUUCUAUCAUUGCGCAUGACAUGUAUGUAGUUUUAUAUUUUGAUGAAGACUUUCCUGAAUGGCUUGCAAUUAAAGAUUUAUCUGUGAGAUAUUCAAAGGACAACCUUUUAACUGUUUUCUCAGCGUUGCAAUUUGUCCGGCUUGUGCUCCUUUUAAUCAAUCAAUGUUUCAUCAUGCUGUGAAUUCAAUUCAUGUCUUUGCAUCUGUUCAUAAUCAUGUAAUUGCAAUAAAGAUGUAGUGUGACUUAU